AUGCAGGUCCCAAAUGUAACUCUGGACGACCUCCAAGCCUUCCAAUCUAAGCAUUUCCCAGGUCAACAACUGACCGCGCUUCCCCAAGAGAGUGACCAGAGCACAGACGAGGAUCUCGGAUACUACCCAGAUGGAGUGAAGCGUACACUCACAGAUGAGCAGAUUCGGAUUUUCAGACAUAGUGAAAUCCAUGCCCUGCUCCGAGAGAAGCAGCUCAAGGAUGACGAGGCGCAGUACCAAGCUCGGAUGCAGUCAUCUCUACUUGAUGGAUCAGAGGGUAAAUCGGACUCUGCAUCGGAGAAGCGGCCUCUAGACGCUGAGUCACAGACGCAAGGCGGAGAUCAGAAGCGGUUGCAAUCACAGUCACGGAAGGGGUCUAAGAGAUACACUCCAGAGGACAAGCCUUCGAAGCUCCUAGAUUACGGAGACGACUCUGAUCAAACACCAAAGGCUAGGCCACCGUCACAAAUGCCCUACCAAGGUCGCAGAAUUAUCUCCUACGAUGACUGA